CAAUGAUGAAAGUCCUUUGAGACAAACUGGAUUUUAAUCAGAAUAAAUUACUUUGUAGCUUACGAUUUCAACACGUAUAUAUGCUACAUUUGUUGAGAUUUAGUCAUGUUUUAGUUACAUUUCUAGCAGUGUUCAGUGUGUGUUUACUGUCUCACUGAAAUUAUUAUUUGUUUUAAGUGUCUCGUGUUUAUUAUCAGUAAUAUUGGUCGUAACUUGUUAUCUUUGGAUUUCUUACAUAAAUAGUGUAGAAACGAAAAGAUUAGAUUCGUUAUUAGUGAAACAUUAGGACGUAGAACGAGAGCUUUAAACCGUAGGAAGAGAAUAAUUAUUCCCAAUUUGUUUUAGUGAAAAAUACUGUGUAAAUAAAAUAGUGUAUUAAAAAAUGCUUGACACUGAAAAGGAAUGGUUUAUCGAAGCACCUUGGGGGAGAAUUUGUGUUGUGGCAUGGGGCUCCUGCUUCAACCCACCUGUACUACUGGUGCACGGAGCAGUGGACUCAGCGGCCAGCUGGAGGCCCAUCAUAGAGAGACUCCCGGACCGGUUCUACUACAUUGCCAUGGAACUGCCAGGCAACGCCCACUCAGACUGGUUCCCACCCGGAGUCAUGAUGUCCGUGUACGACCUGGUGUACGCCAUGGAGGUGGUCCGGAGACACUUCCGCUGGAAGACCUUCGGGUUCAUGGGGCAUUCACUGGGGACUCUGCUAGGUAAAGUGUACAACCUGUCGUACCCUGACAGGAUGUCGUUCGUGGUGGACUUCGACCCCACACCGGCGUACUCCACCGUCCGACCGGACCAGUUCGCUGCAUGGUACCAUUAUUACUUCACGAGGUAUUACCAGAAGUACCACAUCUACAACUCGCCGAAGGAGAAUGCCCCGAAAUACACGAGAGAAAAGGCGCUGUCAAUGCUGGAGCAAAAUCGCGGUCUGACGGGCGCGGCAGCGAGCAUGGUGCUCGACAGGAUAUCCGAGCCGCUGGGGGAGGGGCUCGUCAGAUACAUCUACGACCAGCGGGCCAAAACGGUCGUUUUCCCGCCGAACACAUCCGAACACUUACGAAAACUGUACACCAACCUAAAAACGCCCACCCUCACAAUAGUCGCCACGGAGUCGCUAGAGAAUGGCGCGUAUAAAGCCACCCCGUUCGCGCUUGACGAAACUUGUUACCCACACAAAAACUAUAGAGUAAUCACAGUGGAUGGGAAGCAUGAUGUACAUGUGAUGCAUCCGGAGAGGAUGGCGGCGUUUGUUGAGCAGUUUUUGCUGUAUGGAGUGGACGGGCUGGAUAGGAAAGCUAAGCUGUGAUAUCUGUUGUUGUUAUACAGGGUGUUUGGUACAUCGUUUGCCAAAUUAAAACGGCAGAUAGGUUGAGUCAUUUGCUACCUUCUCAGGCCUAGAAAUGUUUAAUUUAGCGCACGUUUUUUUUUUACUUCAAUGCCAGUUUUUCGUAAAUUUAAAAUUUUUACUUGCGUAGUAGAAAAAAAACGAUGGCCAAUUUUGUUGAUGAUAGGCAUGAGAUGAUAGCAAACUCAACCUAUCUGCCGUUUUAAUUUGGCAAACAAUGUACCAAACACCCUGUAUUUGUAUUAGAAUAGUUAUUUACGAUACAAGUGCGAAAAAUAGUAAUUAUCGGGUUAUACCCAAUAUUCCCAUUAGUUACCACCAAGUUGGUGGGAAUUAUUUUUCCCAGUAGUUACCAGUGGUAAAAGGUGGGAAAAAAAUUCCCAGUAGUUAAGAACUUGGCGGUAACUAGUGGGAAUAACCCGAAUUAUCUGUUCGUACGUGUAUCGUACGUUUUACAGUACAUAUGGCCCUUUAAAUUAUCGACGUAGUCACGUAAUGUGGUUAUUAUAGCACAGGGUGUCGUAAUGGAGCACCAGAUGUACUGUAAAUAAAAUUUUAGGAACAAUAUUACACAUUAACCGCCACUGGAGGGCGCUAGGUCACUUUUUUAGUAUAUUUGACAUGUUUUGCAGUUUAUAAUUUGUAUAUAUGACUACUUAAAAAACAAAUCAAAAUAUUUAAUAAAAUUGAUUUGUUUCCUAAAUUAUGUAUGUAAUAUAUAUUUUUGUUUUUUACUUUUUAAGAUGUUUAAGAGGAAUUUGUGUAUUAUUUAUCUAGAAAAAGUGCAAAACCAUUAUGGUCUUUAAACUUGUAGUAGGAACGGAAAGAUGUAGUUUUAGAGUAAACCUCGGUAAUUGGUACAUUCCAAAGUAACACAAAAAAUAUACUAUAAUUGGCCGCCAGGCAUGCGCCGCUGUCGCGCACACAGCCAGUGCAGUACUGAAAAUCAUAAUUUAGGGCAUGGGCAGGCGAGGCUCACUCCGCGAUUUCGUCGCUUUGCAACAGGUAGCUACAAGCAGUGGCG